GUUCUGUGUAUUGACCUAAGGUAAAGUUGUUUAUAGUUACAAAGUGUUAGUUCCUGUUAACACUUAGACUCAGGAAGUGGUGUUAUUGGAAAAUACAGCUUUACUUGAAAUACAUAGCAUCUUAACCAUGUUGAAAUAUGCUACAGAGAAACAUUACAUUACAUUUCUCACCAAGUCUGGUGGAAAUCUUUAAACAAAAAGCUCUUUUUUGCAUAUAGUAUCGGAUAGAGUUGCAUGAGACCGCAUAAAGCACAUGGAUAAUACUGACUCAUUUUAGUGUCAUAUUGACACCAUUUUUAGCUGAAAUGAAACUGUCCAUCUCCACAGAUUCAUGUAGCUAAAUCUCAACCCACCUGGAACCUACAUUAGUGCAAUGAGUCAUUAGUCUGUCUGCAUCUCUGCAAACAGAAUUUUUUAAAAUUUGCUAAUAAAAAUGCAUGCUUGUGCUCAACAGUGUUAUCGCACCAUCACUACACCGAUGACUGCUUUGCGACAAGACCUAAUGCAUUUAAAUCGAUAUAUAUAUAGGCUUUCUGGUUAACAUCAUACAUGUGAUUGCCAGAUCAGUUGUUUCCUGCAAGGAAAGGCGUCACUUUCUGUUCUAAUACCUCUUUCUAAAAUGUUCUAUCAUUCUGUGAGUAAUCCUGGCCUCUUUUUUUUUUACCCCAUAGAUCACUAUUUUAUAUUGUACUGAAAUAAUCCUGUUGGUGUGACUGUAGCAUUACAGCAUUAGGAAACAGAUUUAAAGAGCGUGAGAGGAGUGGCCAAGUCACAGUCUGAAACUUCACAACUCAGCUGAAGAUUAUCUAAAACUGUGACCAUGGUGUGGACAAAAGAGCGUAGCUAUGCUGUCCUGGUUGUUGACAGCAUCACUCUGAUCACCGGUCUUCCUGCCAACCUGCUGGCUCUCUACACUUUUGUCCGAAAGGUGAAACAGCGUGCUACGCCUCUAGACGUGCUCUUGCUUAGCCUUAAUAUUUCUGAUCUCCUGUUCCUCUUGUUCCUCCCACUGCGCAUUAAAGAGGCAGCCGACAUGGAGUGGACUGUUAGCUUCUUCCUUUGUCCUCUCUUGGGUUUCAUCUACUUCAGCACCAUCCACAACAGCACCUUGCUCUUAACAGCUAUCAGUGUGGAGCGCUAUCUGGGAGUGGCCUUCCCUGUCAAAUACAAACUAAAGCGUAAUCCUCGAUAUGCCUUGAUCGCCACCAUCCUAUUCUGGUUCAUUUCCAUGGGCCAUUGUAGUAUUGUGUACAUUGUGGAGUACCAUAAUGACAGCAAUAACACCAUCAUGGAGUUGACCAACAAGACUUCCUGCUACAAAGAGUUUAGCAGCGAGCAGCUGGAGAUCCUUUUACCCGCCCGUUUCGAGUUGUUCAUCGUCCUGUUCUGCAUUCCUUUUCUGAUCUGUUGCUUCUGCUACAUCAGAUUCAUCGUUAUCCUCUCUCACUUACCUAACAUCAACCCUAAGAAGCGCUCCAGGGCCAUUGGCCUUGCUGCGGUCACCCUUCUGGUUUUCAUCAUCUGCUUUGUACCAUUCAAUGUGUCCCAUGUGGUGGGUUUUGUUACAUGGAAUAGUCCUUCUUGGAGAGUCUACACAGUACUACCCAGCACCUUCAAUGCAUGCUUGGACCCCUUUGUCUUUUAUUUGUCCUCAUCAGCAGUUCGAGGAACUUUCAACCACAUAAUGCGACAAUUCCUCAACUGGCUACAGCAUUCCGUGUGUCAGAAGUUCAACUGUCAGUUAGGCCGCCCUACUGCUUACGAGGAGAGAACACAGAGUUCCAAUGAUACUUCUCACUAGAUUUGGUAUAGAUUAAGACCUGAGAGCUGAUCACAUGCUGGAGGUGUAAUGCUGGAGGUGAACAAGAAGGGCCCGUUUUUUUAAAAAAAGAAAAAGAAAAAUUUGUUAUUAAUAUUAGUUUAUAUUAUUAUAUUAUAUUUUUAUUUUAUUAAUAUUAGUAUUAUGGAACGAGAAACCAAAAAUCAGUAUUUGUGAGCCAGCCAGGAGCGAAUCUAAAUUAACCUUGAAUAUCUGUGUUAAAAGGUAAGGCAAUCAUCAUGUAAUUACCAAUGAAAGUAAUCCCUCAGACAGAGCAGCAUGUACAAAUUAAUCUGGAUUACUGUUAUAUAGAAUCAUUAUAGUUGUGGUGAGCCAGCCAGGAGUGGACAUCUAAAUGCAUAUGAAGACACCUUAGGGUGUAAGGUACAUUCUACUCACCUACUCAGAACAGUGUAAUCCUUUAACAGCAGUAUUAGUGGAGUUAUAUACAUAUAAUAUACUGACUUUUCUUGGAUAGUACUUUGAUAUUUUUGCAUUUACUUAAUGAUUUGUUUGAGAUUUGAGAGUUUUUGACUCAACUAUCUAAGAUAGUUUCACGUCUUGCAAGCAAAGAGUGAAAAAGCUAUCAGGACCAAGUUGUCAAAGGUUAAUCACGACAGCUGUUUCAUUUAAUCAGACAGCAGGGAAAGAAUUUUGUCGGACCCUCAGUCGGACGUGAUCAGCUGGGAAAGUGAAGUGAAACACAAAAGCACAUUUAUGACCGCAAGAAAAGACAAGGUCAGAGGAAAUGUCUCAACACUUUGUGAACUGCGGAAAGGUCAAUUGAAAAUUAAGAACGAUGGUCUGCCACACAGCAUGGAAUUUGGUUGUGGUAUUUCACACAUUUGUUAUUUCUGUUUAAGCUGUUGUUUAUAUUUUGCUUAUAUUUUUGUUUAUAUCUACUUUCAAUAAGCAUAAUAUUUCUUUGAGAAAUUAGUUUAAAAAAAAAUGUCAAGCCAUUUUUGGACUGAUUUAUUUUUAAUAAAGAAUCUUUUCAUAUUAAUCUAAAAAAUCUGGAGUGGAAUCAAAAAAUUUACCUGAAAUAUCUGUGUUAAAAGUCACAGCAAUCACAGGUAAUAGUCAACAACAACAACAAAUCCCAGGAGUGAGCCAGCCAGGAGUGGACAUUAAAAUCAACGUGAAAUAUCUCUGUGAAAAGAUAACCCAGGGGUAAUAUUAAGUGGCAACAGACUCGAACAGGGCAAAAUGCAUAAUCUGGAUUAUUGCCAUAAUCAAAGAAUCAUUGUGUUUUUGGCAAGCCAGCCAGGAGUGUACAUCUAAAUUAACUUCUGUAUUAUUUACACAAUCAGGACAACUAGAAUAAUACAAGUGAAAUUCGACCCCAUGCAACAUCACCUUCUGUUCAUUUGCAUUUUGCUUAAUAUGAUUUUAAAUAUAGAUAAUAUUUGUACAGUGGGGGAAAAAAUUAUUUGAUCCCCUGCUGAUUUUGUACGUUUGCCCACUGACAAAGAAAUGAUCAGUCUGUAAUUUUAAUGGUAGGUUUAUCUGAACAGUGAGAGACAGAAUAACAACAAAAAAAUCCAGAAAAACACAUUUCAAAAAAGUUAUACAUUGAUUUGCAUUUUAUUGAGUGAAAUAAGUGUUUGACCCCUUUGCAAAACAUGACAUGGCAAACCCUUGUUGGCAAUCACAGACGUCAGACAUUUCUUGUAGUUGGCCACCAGGUUUGCACACAUCUCACAUCUCAAGGAAUUUGGGCCCACUCCUCUUUGCAGAUCCUUUCCAAAUCAUUAAGGAUUUGUGGCUGACCCUUCAGCUACCUCCACAGAUUUUCUAUGGGAUCAAGGUCUGGAGACUGGCUAGGCCACUACAGGACCUUAAUGUGCUUCUUUUUGAACCACUCCUUUGUUGCCUUGGCCGUGUGUUUUGGGUCAUUGUCAGGCUGGAAUAUCCAUCCACGACCCAUUUUCAAUGCCCUGGCUGAGGAAAGGAGGGCAGAAAUGCCAUAAAUACUCAGCAGAAAUACUGUAUAGAAUUCAAAUGAACAGUGAGAAAGAUCAGCUGCACAAAUGACGCACGUAUUAACUUCCUUUUUUAAACGUAGUCCCUUCCAUACAGUGUUGUUUUUGGGUUUUUUGCUAACAUUGCUUACACAUAGAAACUGUCUUUUUAGAAAAAAAAAACGAUGUUA